AUGUCCCGCCCCAAGGUCGUCGUCGCCCGUAAUCUCGGUCCAGAUGUGAUGCCCCUAUUCAACCGCUCGGACCUUGAUGUAGUCGCCUGGCACUCCGAGACGGAGGCUUGUGGACGCAAGUGGCUUCUUGAGAACAUUGUGGGCGCAUCGGGUGUACUGGUCAUGCUCGCGGAUAAGGUUGCUGGCCCUAAACUCAGAAUUGUUUCGACAAUGUCUGUUGGCUAUGAACAUGUUGAUUUGCAGCAAUUAACAGAUCGAGGCGUGAGACUCGGUUACACCCCCGACGUCCUCACCGACGCAGUCGCUGACCUGUCCAUCAUGCUCGCACUGAUGGCCGGACGCAAUUCCCGCGAGACCAUGUCAGUGUGGCCCAGCUACCCGUGGUCGCCAUUCGCAUUCUGCGGGCCCCAGCUCAGCGCAAACUGGCUGCACCCGACCCGCACGGCGGGCUUUAUUGGCUUCGGCCGCAUCGCCCAGGCGACGCUCGCGCGGCUCGUGCCCUUCGGCUUCACGCACUGCCUGUACACGGGCAACCCCGCGUCCGCGCCAACGCCAGAACGCGACGCCACACUCGCGCGCACCCUCGGCGUAGAGAGCGUGCGCCGCGUCGCACUCGCGGAGUUGGCGCGCGAGAGCGACGUCGUGUUCGUGCUGGCGCCGGGCGCGCCGAGCCUCCGACACGUCGUCGACGCGGCGUUCCUGCGCGGGAUGAAGAAGACCGCCGUGCUCGUCAACACGGCGCGCGGGACGCUGGUCGACUCGGACGCGCUCGCGCUCGCGCUGCGCGAGGGCUGGCUCUGGGGCGCGGGGAUCGACGUCGUGGAGGGUGAGCCGCACGUCGGGGCGGACCACCCGCUUGUGAAGGAGCCAAGGUGUGUUGUGCUGCCUCAUAUUGGGAGUGCAACGACGGAGACGCGGUUGGGAAUGGCUACAAUGGCUGCGAAGAACCUGAUUUCUGGUGUCCUCGGCGAUACCAUGCCGGCAGAACUGUCCAUAACACGGUAG